AUGUUUAUACAUUCAUGGGAAGAAUUUGCUAAACAAGCUGAACGACUAUAUCUUAAUGAUCCAAAUGGUUGUCGUCUUUGUUUAAAAUAUCGAAAUGAAAAACUUCUAAUUCGUUUAACUGAUAAUCGUACAUGUCUACAAUAUAAAACUAAAUAUGUACAAGAUAUGAAAAAAGUCGAAAAAUUUAUGUCCAGUCUUCUACGACAUAUGGCAUCAAAAGAAAUAUAA